AUGGCACCUGACGAAACCCCACUUGGGGUAACAAAUUUGCCACCACCCGACGCGACUGGAGCUUUAGAGCCAAUUUGUACGGCGACAAAAAGGAAGGGUCAUCGUGCAGGAAAGAAAGGAGAGAAAAGGCUGGUAGGUCGAUGGCAGAGGACGCGGGUCGGCUUCAAACCAGGAACAACUGAUUUCGCGUGCCUUGAUCUGAGAGUAGCGGCUAACGUGCUGCCUCUAGCAUGUGCUCAGCUAUACGAGAUCAGGCUCUCAGAGGGUAGAGGCAGAGGCUUAUUUGCUCUCAGGGAUAUCAAGUCUGGCACGAGAGUCAUUAGUGAGGAGUCGAUCAUGGACAUGGAGCCUGGCGAGAAUAACUUCAAGUGUCCUUGGCGGUUUCUCAAACUUGAUCCGGAGAAGCAAGCGACUUUUCUAUCCCUGCAGUACAACGAAGACAAAGAGCAAGAUGGAUUGAUUCGAGAGGCAUUUCUGGCGCAGGAGGAAGCUGGUGCCGCUGGAAAGAUCCUACCAAUCGAAACCCAGAUCCGCAUCGCUCGUAUCUACGGACAGUACGGCUUCAAGCGAAAGGAUGGUGGAACGCGCUUCUGUAUCAACACGAAGCUCAUUAAUCAUGCCUGCAUCCCGAACACUGACCACGCCUGGAACCCAGAUAUUCAGCGGAUGACAGUCCACGCAGUCAGAGAUAUUCGGAAAGGCGAAGAGCUCUUUCAUUCAUAUGUGCAGCCUUGGUAUCCCCGAGAACAACGGCUUGCACGGUUGGAAAAACAAUUCGAUUUUUAUUGUACAUGUUCCGCGUGUGACAUAUCGACAGACUUUGGGCUGAGUAGCGCUAUCAGAAGGGAGAGACUGCACGAGCUUGUGAAUGAUCUAACCAUACACGGCAAAAGAGUUGAAGAGUAUAAGAACUUAGCUUUUCAUAGCCAGCUUGGUUUCGAUCAGUAUCCUGACGAUGCUCUACCGAAGAUGCUCGAGGUGGUCCAGCUAGUUGAAAAGGAGGGAAUCUUUGAUAUGGAGCUGAUGAGUGCGUAA